GUACUGAUUUUCAGGUUCUCCUGGCCAUUCGCCCAGUGCGGACGUGUUUUUCUCGCUUUCCUUCGCUUUUCACGCGCUUUCUGCGGCCGAAAACUGCAGAACGGAAAAAUCCAAAAAAUAGAAAUAAACAGAAGAAAACCAAAAGCCAAACCAUAACCAAGCCAAUUAAUCCAAAAAUAUGGAAAUCAAUUGUUAAACCACCUAAAACGAAAAAUAGUGAAAUUUGUUAAACACUCUAAACGUGCAUUUAAGUCAUAAAUAACCAUACGAAAUACGUAUAUUUAGCUCUACAAAGAAAUCCAACUUUAAAGGCAAAGCUUGUUUUACCCUUACGCUAAGGAGCAAUACGACACGAUUAAAUCGAUACGAAAUUUAAAAAUAAAUCAGUCAAUCUCCGCAAAUUUCCACAACCAAACACUGCCAAUGUGAACCCAUCUAUUUCAAAAAAGUAACCCGCCUAAAGAUAACGACACUCGAAAAUAACCGCUAACGAGCAUUUAAGAGGUCACAACAGUAUUCUCAACUUUAACUGUAACAGUUACUAGCGGUAACUGGGUCAGUAGGCAGAGCCGAAGUAACGCCCCCCAUCGAGGGCUUCCUCAUCCACCUUCUGCAUCCUUCUUGGCCCCCCAUCCUUCCGGUGUGACCUUGGACCAUGAACUCCUCCAGCGGCGAUGACGAGGCGCCGAAGGAUCCGCGCACUGGCGGCGAGGAUUUUACGCAACAAUUUACAGAGAAUGAUUUCGAGGGACAUCGGGCCCACACCGUUUAUGUGGGCGUCCAUGUGCCAGGAGGACGACGCCACUCGCAGCGCCGCCGCAAGCACCACCACAGUGGACCCGGAGGGGGUGGCGGUGGCGGAGGUGGAGGCGGCUCCAUCGGCGGAUCCGGAAGUGUGGGCGGUGGUGCGGGCAAGGACAACGUCAGCGAGAAGCAACAGGAAGUGGAGCGACCAGUGACUCCGCCGGCACAGCGAGUGCAAUUCAUACUCGGCGAGGAUGUGGACGAUGGCACACAUGUAUCGCAUCCCCUGUUUUCGGAAAUGGGGAUGCUGGUGAAGGAGGGCGACGAGAUCGAGUGGAAGGAGACAGCGCGAUGGAUCAAAUUCGAGGAGGAUGUGGAGGAGGGCGGCAAUCGAUGGUCGAAGCCCCACGUGGCCACGCUCUCCCUGCACUCCCUGUUCGAGCUGCGUCGCCUGCUGGUCAAUGGCAGCGUGAUGCUGGACAUGGAGGCCCAAAAUCUGGAGGUGAUGGCCGAUCUGGUGUGCGAUCACAUGGUCAGUGCGGGAACGUUGCCGCCCGGUGUCAAGGAUAAGGUCAAGGACGCGCUCCUGCGACGCCAUCGGCAUCAGCACGAGUAUGCCAAAAAGACGCGACUGCCAAUCAUUCGAUCCCUGGCCGAUAUGCGCAAUCACUCGUCAUCAAAAACUGACACUUCAACGCAUCUGGGGGCCAUCGGGGUCACCACCUGGUUCCAUGCUGGGGCGUCGCCCCAACAUCAGGCACAGAAUCAUGCUCAGAAUCAAGGACGACCGCAGUCACAAGCAAUACCAAUUGAAGAGCACUCUGCCAGCAUUUUGGGCGCCACAACGCCAAUUUCCCUAACGGCCAGCGAACCGGGACCGCCCGGAUCCAAUGGAAAUUCAAGCCUGAGCACCGCUGCCGGCGCCAUGGGGCGUUUUCUAACGGUGCCCAGUGGAAAACCCAGCAACAGAACGCUCGAGAAAAAAUCUAAUUCUAAACACUCGCGACCCGCACAAAACCUGCCAUCGAUCACAGAGGACAUGGUCAAGAGUCCCAGUAACCAGUCGAUGGCCAGGCCAGGAAGCGGAACGGAGCUCAGCGAGCAGCAGCACAAGGGCAACACCCACUUCAUGAGGAAGAUCCCGCCGGGCGCCGAGGCCAGCAACAUUCUCGUGGGCGAGGUGGACUUCCUGGAGCGCACCCUGUCCUGCUUCAUCCGCCUGAGCCAGGCGGUCGUCCUGGGCGAUCUCACCGAGGUGCCAGUGCCAACAAGAUUCGUCUUCAUCCUGCUUGGCCCGCCUGGCAGUCAGAGCAACUUCCACGAGAUUGGCCGCGCGAUGGCCACCCUGAUGUCCGACGAGAUCUUCCACGAGGUGGCGUACCGUGCCCGCAAGCGGGAUCAUCUGCUCUCCGGAGUGGAUGAGUUCCUCGAUGCGGUGACCGUACUGCCGCCAGGAGAAUGGGAUCCUACCAUACGAAUUGAGCCACCAGCGGCGAUUCCCUCGCAGGAAAUCAGGAAGCGUCCGCCAGAGUUGCCCAAGGAGGAGGUGGACGAGGAGGAGGAGGAGGCGCGUCUCCGCGAGGAAAACGGACUGUCCAGGACGGGAAGGCUUUUCGGAGGCCUCAUCAACGACAUCAAGAGAAAGGCGCCCUGGUACAUAAGCGAUUACAAGGACGCCCUAUCCAUGCAGUGCGUGGCAUCGUGGAUCUUUUUGUACUUCGCCUGCCUGUCGCCGAUCAUCACGUUCGGAGGACUCCUGGCGGAGGCCACUGGCAAGCACAUGGCUGCGAUGGAGUCCUUGGUCUCUGGGUUCGUUUGUGGCAUGGGCUAUGGCUUCUUUUCGGGUCAGCCGCUGACAAUUCUCGGGUCCACCGGUCCAGUCCUGGUCUUUGAGUCAAUUAUCUACGAGUUCUGUCUGAAGAUGGGCUGGGAAUAUAUGACUUUCCGGUUCUGGAUCGGCAUGUGGGUCGCCGGCAUUUGCAUCGUCCUGACCGCGAUUGAUGCCAGUGCCCUCGUCUGCUACAUCACCCGCUUCACCGAGGAGAACUUCGCCACCCUGAUCGCUUUCAUCUUCAUCUACAAGGCCAUUGAGAACGUGAUGGUCAUCGGAAAGAACUUCCCGGUCAAUCAGGGCAUAUACGACUGCGUCUGUACACCGCCAAUUGGGAGCAAUGCCAGUGUGAUCGAUUAUGCCAAGUACAAUUGGGAUUCUUGUGAGUCCUACAAUGGCACCUUGGUUGGUGGAGAUUGCGGAAAACCGCCCACCGAAAACGUUUUCCUCAUGUCUGUGGUCCUCUGCGCCGGCACCUUCCUCAUCUCCACCGUGCUGAAGGAGUUCAAGAACGCCCUAUUCUUCCCCUCCAUUGUCCGCCAGUACAUCAGCGAUUUCUCCGUACUCAUCGCGAUUUUCGCCAUGAGUUUCUUCGACUAUUCGCUGGGAGUUCCCACCCAGAAACUGGAGGUACCCAACGAGCUGAAGCCCACGCUGAGCACCAGAGGCUGGCUCAUCCCUCCGUUCGCCGAGAAGAAUCCCUGGUGGUCGGCGAUCAUCGCCGUAUUCCCUGCCCUCCUCGGAACCAUCCUGAUCUUCAUGGACCAGCAGAUCACGGCCGUUAUCGUGAACCGCAAGGAGAACAAACUGAAGAAGGGCUGUGGCUACCAUUUGGAUCUGUUCAUUCUCUCCAUUCUGAUUGCCAUCUGCAGCAUGAUGGGUCUGCCUUGGUUCGUGGCCGCCACCGUGCUGAGCAUCAACCACGUGAACUCGCUGAAACUGGAGUCGGAGUGCUCGGCCCCUGGUGAGAAGCCACAGUUCCUGGGAGUGCGCGAGCAGCGGGUGACCCACAUCUUGAUCUUCCUGACCAUCGGUGUCUCCGUGCUGUUGACCCCGCUGCUCGGUAACAUUCCCAUGCCGGUUCUUUUCGGUGUCUUUCUGUAUAUGGGCGUGGCCUCACUCAAGGGCUUACAGUUCUUCGAUCGCAUACUGAUUAUGUUCAUGCCGGCGAAGUACCAGCCAGACUAUAUGUUCCUGCGCCAGGUUCCCAUUAAACGUGUCCACCUGUUCACCAUGAUCCAACUGGCCUGCCUCAUAAUUCUCUGGCUGAUCAAGUCCUUCUCGCAGACCUCCAUUCUGUUUCCCCUGAUGCUGGUGGUGAUGAUCGGCAUCAGAAAGGCCCUGGAUCUGGUGUUCACCCGGCGCGAGCUGAAGAUCCUGGACGACAUAAUGCCGGAGAUGACGAAGCGGGCGGCGGCGGAUGAUCUGCAUAAACUGGACGCUGAGGACAAUCACCAUCAGCACCCCCCAGGAUCUGGGGCGGGGGCCAACUACAAUGCCGAUAAGUCGGGUCCCACCACCAUACACAUUCCGCUCUCCGGCAACAAACCCGGCAGCAAUGGACCCACAGUGAACAUUCCCCAGGAGGCUGUCAAUCGCACCACAGUCUGGCAGCAGAUCAACAAGGAUGGCAACGGCAUCUCGGAGCAACUGAUCAUACCCGUCACCCUUAAAGUCCGCCAGAUCAAUGGCAACCAUGCCCCCUCGAGCGCCACCCUCUCGCCACGUCUUUCGCCCAUGCACGAGGCGGAUGAGUACAGUGAAGCUCCGACCAACAGUCCGGCACAUCCGGCGGGCAAUCAGCAGCAGCAACAACAGCAGAUCAACAAUUGCAAGGAGGCUGCCAAACUGGAUGGAUCCUGCUCAAACAACAGUCAGAUCGGUCCGGCCAACAUAACACCCGUCUAGAGAACCCGAGAAACAUAUGGAUUUUAGAGCGAAAAGCGCACAAAGAACCCACAAAGACACAUCUAUGUAUAUCUAGUUGGUCAUCCACAGCCGUAUCAUCAUAAUCUCUAUUUACUAAACAUUUAACGCAGUAGUUAGCCCAGGGAUCGAUUUUUGGUAACGAUUUUUAGCUGUGCCAGUAGAGGGGUAAAUCUUUGAUUUGGGGCUCAGGUACAAGAUAUACAAGUAUUAACUACAUAUAUGGUAAAACAAAAUACGAUAUUCCGUAGGCGUGAAAAGCAUUCCAAAUAUACACUUUUGAAACGAAUUUUAUCGAGUCAAUUCUACAGAUCAGGAUGCGAAGAUCGGGAUGCCAAAGCCACAAAACAAACACCAAACAGUAAACCAUCGGUGGUCCGAUGUUUGUCCAACUUUCCUAACGUAUUUCCCCACUUUGACUUGGUUAGCUAAAGCGAAUUGUGCGUUACACGGGGUUUUUUUCAACGAACUGUGAUUUGAUGGGUAUAUCUUGGGGAUGGGUUAUGUAAGGUGUGUAUCAUUUAGUCUAGCCAAGACAAAGCUGUAAACAAUUGUACUAUAUUUUAUGGCUCACACUAAGUUAAACACAAAGACACUCGCAUCCUAUCUGAAACACCCAAAAAAAUAUAUAUAUAAUAACAUAUAGACAGCUAUAAAUAUUGAAUAAAAGUGGCAAACCAUUAACUAGCCACAAGCAAACUGCUUAAACAAAAA